AUGGCUCGUAAGCGCAAGAGCGCCGCUGAAGCCGCCAACGUGACCCCGCGGGAUCUCAGUGAGAUCCCGUAUAUUGCUUGGAUGCACAAGCCGCCCGGCCCGCAGCCAGUCGACACUCCUUCGCGUGGCGACACCUCCUACCAGGCCCCCCGUGACGUCCCGACGCGCGGGCGCCGUAACGCCGACCGUGUGGCGUCUUCGCGCAGUCCCGAUGCAACCACGUAUGACGAGGGUGAGGACGACGCAGACUACAACGAGGAGGCAUACUGCACGGACGACGACGCGGACUCCGGAGAAGAGCCUGACAAGGGCAUGUCAGACUCCGAUGCGGAGAGCGACGACGACGACGCACCGGAAGAAUCGCAGCCCGCAACUCCGCCUGUUCGCCGCGGUCGUGGUAAGGCGGCACCGGGGGACAAGGGCGCCACUGUUGGCGGGGAGCCCCCCCGCCGUCCACCAAAGACCCGGGAGCCCAUGCCGGUGAAGCGCAGUGUGUGGUCGCCCACGGAGAGCACGAUUCUCGUGGCCGCCCGCUGGUUCAUGAAGGAUGAGCUGGACCCGCUUCUGGGUAAGCAGGGAUCCCAGUAUUGGGCCCGCCUCGUGCGCCACAUCGAGACCGAGAAUGAAGGAUGGGUCCGCGGCGUCAACGCCGUGCAGAAACAGUGGCGCAACCUCGUCCAAAUGUACAAGCAGCUGCAGAAGGCGGACAAGGCCUCCGGCAACGGCGUGGUGUGUAAGCCGCCAUGGUGGCCGUACAUGGUGUUAUUGCAGAACAACCGUGCAGUCGCAGCGCCACACGCCGUCGCCGCCGGCGGUGCCACACACGUGAAUGCGCCGACCGGUUUCGCGGUGCCGUCGACGUCCGCGCCAUGCACCUCAACGCCCACGUUCACCGGACUACACAACAAGACGCCCCUGCAAGGACGCGCCACAGCGUACAGUCAUUGCGGCCUGCGAAGAGCCUCCACCUGCCUUUGA